AUGGAGUUCUUACGAUCAAAACAGGCUGGAAUCCAACGGGAUUUCACUGGAGGCCUUGCGGCUUCAGAUUUAUUUGUCAUUGACGAGGUCGCAAAAUACGGCAUCGGGUCCACAAUCUCGGCUCUUGCGUAUGACCCCAUACAGUCUCUUUUUGCUGUCGGCACAAAUGAAACAACCACCUCGCCGGGGAAAAUCCAUGUUUUCGGCCAGAAACGAGUUCAUGUCACCUUCACAUUACAGCGAAAGUCGAGUGUCAAGUUUCUGAAGCUCUGUGAUUCAAGGAUCGUAGUUGUCGACAAUAGGAGCGAACUUUCCGUCUAUGAUAUGAGAGAUCCAGGCGCUGAGGGGGUCAGAUAUUCGCCACCAGGAGCUGUGACCUCGAUCUUGACCGACCCGUCCCUGGACUGGGUUUUUCUAGGGUUGGAAAAUGGCGAUAUUGUGACUUAUGAUCUUGACAGAGAGAUUCUGUCCCCAUUUAGGAUACCAAAUCUCUGGAGAGAAAGGUCGCCGAAAUCAAAAUUUCUUCCAGUUGUAUCAUUAGCUCUACACCCUCGUGAUGUGGGGACUCUUCUAAUUGGGUAUCUGGAGGGUACUGUCAUCUUUUCCAUGAAACAAGAGAAGGUGUUGCAUUAUCUUCAAUUUGAACUACCACCUGGAGCUCCCGGGGCAGAUACAGAGCGAGGCACUAUAUACAGUCUGCGCCGACCCAACGUCGUGGAAGCGCUUUGGCAUCCUACGGGUACGUUUGUCUGCACAACUCAUGACGAUUCAUGUUUGGCUAUUUGGGAUCCAAAAGAUGGAAGAAUCGUGCAGUCAAGAACCACCACAGAUUCGUACGUUCAUCUGCCCGGGACACCGCCCAGCGCAGAUAUGUUUGGUGCUGGUGGCGAUGGCGAUGUAGUUUCUAUCAGACAACCUUUGUUCAAAGUCGCCUGGUGCUCCACGAAUAAUCCCGAUGAAACUAGCAUUCUCAUAGCCGGUGGUAAUCAAUCUUCAAUGCCUGUGAAGGGCAUGACUUUGUGGGAUCUGGGAGUGACCCCAAACAUGCUCACCUCAUCGUAUCAAAUUAUAUCAGAUUAUUUUGCCUCUCCUAGACGCCAGCGCUGUCUCCCGACUCCUAUUGAUGUGGAUGUAGUCGACUUUUGCCUUGUUCCUCGUACAAGUCCCCAUUACGCUGGGUCUCAUGAUCCUAUGGCUAUCAUCGCCUUGCUCUCAUCCGGAGAAUUGACAACAUUACGUUUCCCUGAUGGCCAGCCACUAUCACCGGCUACAAUUCUUCAUCCGUCGCUUUCAUUGUGCCAUCCGUUUGCUACAUAUGCCAACUUAUCAGCUAUAAACCGUCAGCGCUGGCUUGGAAUGAUUGAGAAACGCGACAAGCCCAAAGAGAUGAUCAUUGGCGGCAUUGAGCACCCCAAGCCGCUUAGGCGAUAUGAGAAUCGUACAGUUGUGCAAACUGCACAUACUGACGGAACAGUCAAAAUAUGGGAUUUGGGCCUCGGAGAUGAGAUUGAAAACAGAGAUAUGAUGGAGGCGGAUUUAGGACAAGUACUACAGAGGGGCGUAGACUUGAAAAUUGAGUGCGUUUCAAUGGCUGGUGCGACUGGAGAAAUGGCUGUUGGGAUGGAAACCGGCGAAGUGGUCAUUUAUAGAUGGGGAAUAAAUAAGGGGUUUGGGCGUACUAAGGAAGACGAGUCUUUACAGUCGGCGAGCAGGACUGAAGCCGGCGCAAUUGUGGAAGGGAUCCGGAAUGUUCAGAUGAGAACAGACCCCAGUGUUAGGGAAGGCCUGCUACCACUUUGUACCCUAGAGCAACACUGCGGAUCUAUCCUAAAACUGAAAUGCAGUGAUGUGGGGUUCGUGGCAGUGGCAUAUCAGACUGGGCAUGUCAGCGUGCUAGAUCUUAGGGGGCCUGCUGUAAUAUUCCAUGGGAGCCUUAAUUCCUUGACAAAGGAAAGUAAAAGGGCUAGUUUUAGAAAGAGCCGGGAUCACAGUAUUGAUGGCGAGAAGGCCACCUGCUUGGAAUUUGGAGUCCUUACACUGGAAGGCGAUGAAUUUUCGAGCAUUGCACUUUUUGUGGGAUCCACCCAUGGCCGGAUUGCAACUUUCAAAAUCCUUCCCCAGGGCCAAGGGUUCACUUGCACUUUUGUAGGCAUGACUCACAUGGACGGAUCUGUUGUUUCAAUAAUACCCAUCAACUCAGACUCUGGGAAACGUGCAUAUGCUUCUCAACAGGCAGUUGCGAAUCUACGGGAAGGUAUCAAAGUUCCGGGUACAGUGGUUGCUGUCACAAAGUCAGAAGCCAGAAUAUUCAAGCCACCGACUGCAAAGGGUGCCCAUAAAGGCUGGGACGAGUAUUCGUGCUUGAGCGCUGUGGUAGCAGAGCUCGAUACCCACGGUAUCUGCUUGAGUUGUGUGAUGGAUACCGGUGUUGUGAAGAGCUUUUCGAUUCCUGGAUUAAAGGAAAUCGGCGAAGUCAGGCUGAGUGAUUAUUAUGAUCCGUCACGCCUAGCGGAUACAAUUCUGCUUGAUUCUGGAUACAUCUUUGGGUGGACUUCGCAAGCAGAAUGUAUGCUACUUUAUAUGUGGGGUAAAGGUCAAAUACUCGACCAUUUACCAAAAGAUGUGCUUUACAACCCCGAAGCCCCAGUCCCGACUCGUCCAACGAUCUCAAACUUUCAGUGGAUCUCUGGAACACAGCAUGUCACGCCCGCAGACCUUGACCUCUUGAUCGGGGGCCCUGACCGUCCCAUGUCCAAGAAAAUGAUUGAGCAGAUGCGUGCCGAAGAGAAACAAGCACGCCUCGAUGCACGGGCCGGAAACCAAGCCGGUGGCUCCGGAAGGCAAGAGGAGGGCAUAUUCGCAAGUGAUAGUAUGGAUAAGUUGGGAGAGACAUCGGCGAGUUUCGCGGACGACGUGGGUAAAUACGUCAACCAACAGAAGAAGAAAGCCAUCCUUGGGAGUAUCACCGGGAAAUGGUUUUAA